AUGAAUAAGUUUUUGUUGCUGUCCUUGAUUAUUUCAAUUUCUUUGGCUUCUCUGGAUGAUUAAGAUCUCAUCUAAAAAUACUCCAUCAAAGUCCAUGAGAGAGGCAACAAAUAAAGUUACCCAGAGAAAGGUGAUUAAGUGAAAGUACAUUAUACAGGUAAAUUACUUGAUGGCACUAAAUUCGAUAGCAGUAAGGACAGAAACUAACCAUUUGAAUUCAGAGUUGGAGUUGGAUAAGUCAUUAAAUGUUGGGAUGAUGUUGUAUUAAAUUUAACACUUGGUGAUAAAGUCACAGUUAUUUGUCCAUCUGCCACAGCAUAUGGAAGUAGAGGAGCAGGAAAGGUCAUUCCACCAAAUUCAGAUUUAUAAUUUGACAUUGAAAUGCUUGGAUUUAGAGAUUAAGAAUUAUGA